AUGAGAUGCUGGAUUUCUAUACCAUCAAAACAGAAGCUUUGGAACCAAAAGAGAAACGUACUACCUGAUCUGGGCUCUGUUCGACUAUUUGACAGUGUGCACUACCUAAAGGCAUUUGGAGUAGGAGAUGUGUGGAUUGCUCUUGGAUGGAGCAGUGAUGUUCUGCCGGCUGCUAAGCGCAUGUUAAACAUCGCAGUAAUUGUUCCAAAGUCUGGAACCAGUUUGUGGGAAGAUCUAUGGAUUUUAGUAGAUGCAAUGGGGCUUGGAAAGACUGUAAUGACUAUUGCAUUAAUACUUGGAAAACUAGUUAGGGAGAGUCCAGAUGACCAACAAGUUGAAGAACAAAAUCAGGAUUUUGACAACAAGAAAACAAAGAAUGAUCAGAAAGAUCCUCAAACCAAAAGCCUGCCCACAGUUAAAGGAGGAACUCUUGUUGUCUGUCCAAUGGCAUUGUUAGGCCAGUGGAAGAAUAAUCUGGAAGACCUCUACAGCCUUUUAUGCUUCUUACACGUCGAGCCAUGGUGCAACUGGGCCUGGUAUGUGCAUGAAACAACACUACCAACUUAAGAGUAUGUUUGAACUUCUC